CUUUGGUUUACUCGUUUACUGUUUACUGUACUACUCAUUCACUCAUUCUACACAACACAAAGUUGUUGAUUAUUGAAGUUAACCAAUGGAUUCACAAAAAUUUAACAAUUUUUUGCAUUUUUAUUUGUUUGGUCCAUAUUAUGUUUUGGAAGACAACCUUACAGCUAGAAGAUGCAAUUUCGAACUUGGUAAUCAUGAAGGCAAGAUAGCUGUGAUUACUGGAGGACAUAGAGGAAUUGGAGCUUUUGUCACCAGGGAUUUACUUUCCGCUGGGUUUCACGUCAUUUUGGGCUGUAGAAGGACCGAGGAUGGAAAGAAGUUUGCAAGUGAUAUUCGAAAUCAAGGAAUAACAUGUGGAAGAGUCACAGUGAAAAGCCUCGAUUUAAAAUCACUAUCUUCUGUAAGAAGCUUCGCUGAAGAAGUACUCAAGGAAACAACGUCUAUAGACCUUCUUAUAAACAAUGCUGGCAUAAUCUUGUCGGACUACGAGGAGACUGAGGAUGGGUUUGAGGCUCAGUGGCAAGUUAACUACCUGUCUCACUUCCUGCUGUGUCACUUACUGCUGCCAAUUCUGCAUAACUCCGUCUCCCAGGACUGUAUACCUCGGGUGGUUAAUGUCUCAUCAUUGGAACACAAGACGCCCCUAAACAUGGAUUAUGAGGAUAUAAAUAACAAAGACACCUACAACGGAAUGACAGCUUACGGAAGAUCUAAGUUGGCCCAGGUCAUGUUUACGAUCUAUCUCAACAGCAAACUUUCAUCUAUUAAGUCAUCCGUGGAAGUUGUAGCUGCUCAUCCUGGAAUUGUAAACACUGAAAUAUUUGAUGGCUCUGUUUUGAAAACAUAUUUUCCUUUUGUUACACGAUUAUUUUUCAAGACUCCUGCACAAGGAGCCAAGCCGAUUGUUUACACCAGUUUGUACGGCAGAGGCGGAGAGUACAUCGGCAACUGCAGACCACAAACUCCUUCAUGUCUUGCAAGAGACGUCACAGAACAAUCAAGACUUUUUGAAGAGUCCAAGAAAUCUUUAAACAUUACGUUGUUUGCAGGCCAAUUUUAAUUUGGAUACAAGUUAUUAGGUUUUAUAUAUUAGCAGCCAUGUGCCAUAGUGUAUAAAAUAAUAUUUAUUAAGUAAUAUUUAUCAGGUUGUAUAAAACAGUGUCAUAUGGUAAAUACAAAAAAAAAAUUAAAUUAAAGUAAUAUUUACCAGGUUAUAAAACAGUGUCAUAUUGUUAACACUUUAUUUUUAAUAAAAUUAAUUUUUUUAA